AUGUUAUCUGAGACACAAAAAGUUAACAAUAUUCGUAGAAAUAUUAAUAGAAUAAGAAAAUCAUUUAAAAGUGGAGCUACACAAUUAUCUUCACAAAUUCGUGAUGAAGCAAUUCAAUCAUUACAAACAGUUAGUAAAGUUCCAAAAUGGGUACGAGUAUUAAGUAAAAUAUAUCAUGAUUACGGUUUAAAACAUAUAUGUUUAAUAUUAAUUCUUGUUGCAUAUCAAUUUCUAGGAGCAGGUAUUUUUUAUUUUUGUGAAGUUUCAUAUGAUGAAAAUAAAGAAAAUACAUGGAUUGAGGAAAUUAAGAUAAAUAGAACAAAAUUAAUUAAUGAUAUUAUUCCUAGUUUAUUUAACAAUUCUGAAUAUUUAUUUUUUUUAACAGAAAAUCAAACAAAAAAAGUUUUUUGGCAAUUAAAUGAUAAAUUAAUAGAUUAUGAAAAACAAUUAGGAAUAAAAUAUACAGAUCAAAAGAUAAAAUGGGAUUUUUGGAAUGCAAUGUUAUAUGCACAAACAAUAUGUACAACAAUUGGAUAUGGAUUUACUUAUACAAAUACACGAUUAGGAAAAAUUGCAACUAUCCUUUAUGCUAUACUAGGAAUUCCAUUAGUUCUUAGUGUUUUAGAUGAUUUUGGAAAACUUUUAACAAAAUUUUUAAAAUAUCCAUGGCUACUAUUUAAAUGUGGUUGUAGGAGAGCAUUUAGAUAUUUUACAAAACAAACAAUGGAAGAAAUUAAAAAAUUAGAUGAAGAAGAUAAAUUAUAUUUGGAGGUUUUUGAUAUGCCAAUAAUAGUUGCAAUUGGUAUUGUUGUAGCAUGGAUAUUUAUUUGUAGUGCAACAUUUUGUAUUUGGGAACGUGAUUGGGAUUAUUUUGUGGCAUUUUAUUUUUUCUUUAUCUCAUUAAGUACAAUUGGAUUAGGUGAUAUAAGACCAACACAACCAAAAUAUUUAUCAAUAUUAUUUAUUUAUAUAAUUAUUGGAUUAUCUUUAGUUUCAAUGUGUAUUAAUUUAAUACAAUCAAAAAUAGAAAAAACAUAUGAAGGUGGUUCUCGUAUAUAUGGUGGUGAGUAUUCAUUACAUGGAAAUCAAAAUUUAGAUUCAAAUAAUAAUAAUCAAUUACGUAUUAAAACAACAUCUAGAAGAGGUAGCUCAUUAGGUAUUUUUAAAAGUAGUGAAGGAAGUAGUUUAUCUAUAUGUAGAGAACAAAUUCAAUUAUUUUUAAAUAAUAAACAAAAAAGUAAUAAAGGAUGCCAGACAAUGUUAUCAUUUCCAAAUUAUAAUUAUAAUACAAAUAUUAUUAAAUCUGUAUCACAAGAACAUAUAAAAUAUAUUCCAAAAAGUUUGUCAAUUGAGGAUGUAAUGAAAUUAGUUGAUAAUGAAGAAGGAAAUAUUUAUUUACUUUCAGAUGGUGAACAGGAAGAAAAUCAAUUUAGUGAUGAAUGUGAUAAUAAUAAAACUGACUCUGAAACUCAUAUUGUUAUUUCAAAAAGUUUUGAUGUUAACUUUGCACCAAUACUUAGUUUAGAUAAAUAUUCAAUUCCCUCAUUAUCAAAAGUUGGAAAUAGAAUGCCAACACUUUAUGAGUUGGAGGCAAUUGAAGAGAUGGAAGAUAAAAUAAUACUACAAAAUUUACUUCCUAAAAAUGAUGAGUUAACACCAGAUUCACAAAAUUUAGUUCAUUUUCGUUCUCGUCUCUCAUUGAUACCAGAACAAAAAUCUAUUGUAUCAGAUGAGUCAUCAUUUACUUUAAAUAAUGAUAAAACAGAAGAUGACACCUCUGACAAAGAAAUUGAAUCUAUAAAAGAAUCAAUGAUAAAAAAUUCUAACACACCACCUGUGUCACCAAAGAAAAAUAAGUUAACGCAUAUUUCAAAUUCAAGAUCAUUUUCUAAAUUUUUUAAAUCAAUUUUUCACUCAAAUUAUUCACUUAAUAAUGCUACUUCUGAAGUUAAUGAUAAAUAUGAACAUGAAGGAAGUAAUUCUGAAUUUGGUAACACUAUAACAAGCUUAAAAAUAGAUAAGAAAUAA